GCGCACAUCUCCCUAUCUGACCGUUCCCGGCCUCCGUCAUAAGAUUCCGAAAAAAUGGCGGGCUUGAGGGGCUGCUCUCCCGCCCUCGCCCUGGACCCUCCUGCACUACAUACUCCUCCGAGACGGGGGCCUCGGACCCCAGGGCUCCGGAGGACUCAGCCAGGACUUUCCAAAAGUUGCCGCGGGACCUUCCGAUCCCCGCGGCCGUCUCCCAAGUCUGGCCAGGCUGAUGGGGCCGGUUGGGAGUCUCUGCACCUUGACAUUCAGAAACUGAAGGAAAAGAGGGACCUGCUGGACAAGGAGAUCGUCCAGUUAAUAUCUGAAGGCUACAGUGUGGAUGAACUGGAGGACCACAUCUCCCAGCUCCAUGAGUAUAAUGACAUCAAGGAUGUAGGCCAGAUGCUUCUAGGCAAACUAGCCGUGAUCCGAGGUGUCACCACCAAAGAACUGUAUCCAGAAUUUGGCCUGGAUGUGAAUGACUGAGCCAAGGUUCACAGCCCUUUGUCCACAGCCCAGUGAGACAGGCAGAUUUAAACAUGAGAGGCAGUGAGAGCCCAGCACCCACAGGCUUCCCAGCAAGGAAGUGUCAGAAGCCGUUUUCUGGAGAACUCAGUCUGAGUCAGGAGGGAGCCCAGACAAGAGCUGGACAGCGAAGAGCUAUUCCCUGCUCCAAGUUUCCUGAAAUGUUCCCAAGAUGUAUCUAUGUGUGUAUGUCUCCCAUUUAUAAAUAAACACACAAGCAAUCUGGGU